UUUGGGGUGGCUUAAAACCAUGCCGCUCCCGUGCUGUUUCUAACCCUCGCCUCCACGCCACAUCCAUGGCCACCCUCACCCCUCGUGCUCCACCACCAAAUACCCACCGUCACUUCCUUCACCGACCACCGACCCUAUCCCCCCAGCUCCGCCUCCGCCUCCCUGUUCGCCGCCUCCGCCUCGCUUCCCCGGUCGUGGCCAUUGCCACGGUGACGGCCGCCGUGCCCCCCGACGACAUCUCGCAGCUCAAUAACCGUCUCCGCGCGCUCGUCCGCCGCCGCGGUGUCUCUUCCGCUGCCACAUCUCCCAUGGACCCCGCCCAGGCGGAGGCCUACCUCCACAUGAUCCGCGAGCAGCAGCGCCUCGGCCUCCGCCAGCUCCGCCGGCACGCGGCCGAACCGGAAUACGAGAGAGACGUCGGAAGCAACGGGGAGGACGAGGAGGAGGGUGGCGGAAGGAGGAAGGGGAUGGCGGCCAGGAGCUCUUUGGGGCACCGUGUGGACCCGCGUGAGCUGGAGCCCGGCGAGUACGUCGUUCACAAGAAAGUCGGCGUCGGCAAGUUCGUCUGUAUAAGCGGAGAGGACGGAGAGGACUACGUGUUCAUUCAGUAUGCGGACGCCAUGGCGAAGCUUGCAGUCGACCAGGCAGCACGCAUGCUCUACCGAUACAACCUUCCUCAUGAGAAAAAGAGGCCAAGGAAUCUAAGCAAGCUGAAUGAUCCUUCUACAUGGGAGAAGAGGAGGCUGAAAGGAAAGCUUGCUGUUCAGAAGAUGGUGGUCAACUUGAUGGAGUUAUAUUUACAAAGGAUGAGGCAGAGAAGGCCGCCUUACCGGAAGCCUGAGGCGAUGGAUCAGUUUGCUUCUGAAUUUCCUUACGAGCCUACCCCAGAUCAAAACCAGGCUUUCAUAGAUAUUGAGAAUGAUCUGACUGAAAGGGAAACACCAAUGGACAGAUUGAUCUGUGGAGAUGUCGGGUUUGGUAAAACGGAAGUUGCAAUGCGUGCUAUAUUCAUCGUUGUAUCUACAGGAUAUCAAGCUAUGGUUCUCGCACCAACUGUAAUACUAGCCAAUCAACACUAUGACGUAAUGUCUGAGCGUUUCUCCAACUAUCCUGACAUAAAGGUCGCCAUAUUCAGCGGUGCUCAGAGCAAGGAUGAAAAGGAUGAGCUAAUAACCAAAAUUACGAAUGGGCAUUUGCAAAUAAUUGUUGGAACUCAUGCUCUUCUUACAGAACGGAUGGCCUAUAACAAUCUUGGUCUCCUAGUGGUGGAUGAGGAACAGAAGUUCGGUGUACAACAAAAGGAGAAGAUUGCAUCAUUCAAAGCUUCUAUUGAUGUUCUUACCCUGUCCGCAACACCCAUUCCACGAACUCUGUAUCUUGCUUUAACCGGUUUCCGUGAUGCAAGUUUAAUGUCUACACCACCUCCGGAAAGAGUCGCUGUCAAGACCUAUGUGUCAGCAUUUAGUAGAGAAAGUGCUCUAUCAGCUAUCAAAUUGGAGUUGAAGCGUGGCGGUCAAGUUUUCUAUGUUGUUCCUCGAAUAAAAGCCAUAGAAGAUGUAUUGCAAUUUCUCAAGGACUCUCUUCCAGAUGUACCGAUGGCUAUUGCUCAUGGAAAGAAAGUGUCAAAGAAUAUACAACUUGCUAUGGAAAAGUUUUCUUGUGGGGAAAUAAAGAUUCUUGUAUGCACACAUAUCAUUGAAAGUGGAAUAGAUAUUCCAAAUGCCAACACAAUGAUAGUCCAGUAUGCAGAACUAUUUGGGCUCGCCCAGCUGUAUCAGUUGCGAGGAAGAGUAGGAAGAUCAGGCAGAGAGGGUUUCACAUACCUCUUCUACACCGACAAGUCUUUGCUUUCCAGAAUUGCCAUGGAUAGACUUGGAGCUAUUGAAGAGCAUUCGGAUCUCGGUCAAGGUUUCCAUGUCGCAGAGAAGGAUAUGGGUAUUAGGGGAAUUGGAAGCAUGUUUGGUGAGCAACAAUCUGGAGAUGUUGCAAAUGUUGGCAUCGAUCUGUUCUUUGAUAUGCUUUUUGAUAGCUUGUUCAAGGUCGAUCAAUUUCGUCUUAAACCCAUUCCUUAUAAAGAUGUUCAGCUGGACAUUAACAUUUCUCCGCAUCUCUCUUCUGAAUACAUAAGUUAUCUUGAAAAUCCUGUUGAAUUGCUCAAUGAAGCAGCGCAAGCUGCAGAACAAGAUAUAUGGAACUUAAUGCAAUUCACAGAAGAUCUCCGUCGACGGUAUGGGAAGGAGCCCCGUGAUAUGGAGUUGCUAUUAAAAAAGCUCUAUGUAAGGCGGAUGGCAGCAGAUCUUGGUAUCAGCCGGAUAUAUCCAUCUGGCAAAAUGAUCAUCAUGAAAACAAACAUGAGCAGGAAAGUUUUUAGGCUCAUGGAAGAAACCAUGGCUUCUGAGACGCAUCGCAAUUCUUUGUCAUUCACUGGAAAGGAAAUUAAGGCGGAACUUCUGGUCAAUCUGCCAGACACACUACUUCUGAACUGGCUAUUUCAUUGCUUAGCGGAUUGCUAUGCAAUAAUGCCAGCCCUUGUGAGAUACUAGAUUCUUUGAUUGGAAAAGGACAAGAACUAUAACCUGGAAUGAACUAUUCAUGUUCGAGAAAAUGAAAAGGCAAGACACAGAUAUUCAAUUAAUCGGUCGAUUUUUCAAUUAAUUGGCCAUGGGACGGUCUCUUCUUUUGUUGGUGUUGUCACUUCAGGCAAUUAAUCAGCCAUUGGUGUGUUGGUAUUGUCACUUCAGGCAAAUGUGUACCAAUAAUAUGCAACAUUGUUAAGAAAAUCUGUGAAAAUGUAGUGUGACAGAUUAUACCUAUACAUAAACUGGAUGCCCAAAUGGAAAGGCGUGAACUACAUUUCUGCAUCCACUGACAGUUUCGUUUAGCUAGCAGUGGCUGGUGUGAUGCACAAUUGAUAUCCUGAAAUGCUGUUCAUCAAUGGCGUUAAAGAAUUCUGGUUCAGAUUCUUAUUGCAGAGAAGAUCUCCAAGAUUCUUCUGAGGCUUUCUGAUGGAGAAAAUCCAGCAUUGCGAGUAACAGGUGCAUAGGGUUCAUGACUGGUAACGUAUAGUUUUGUAAUCAGAAUGCGCUGUAUUAGGUGGGGAGAUUGAGUGAUUGAUUACUUGAUCCCUUUGAUUCAGCAAAGGGUAGGUUUCUCUUUUUUUUAGGGGAACUAAAACUUUAUUGAUUAACUCGUUCCAGAGGUAUGAUUACAGUGUCAUGCGGCUCAAGUAGCCACACACGUCUACCUAUGUCUAAGUACAAAGAGUAUUUCACUAGACUAUCAGCUUCAUGAUUUCU